UGAAUGGAUCCAAAUUUAGCUGAAAAAGUUUAGAAUUCAGGAAUUUGUGACCAAAGAAAAUACAAAUGGAAAAUCAUAAGUAUGGAAGAAAUUCCUUUUUUUAGUCUGGCUGGAACAUAAAAAAUUGGGCUCUGAUCAAGCUCGGGCACUAACUUUCAGGCUCAGGACACUAAAAAGUUUUGCUCAUGUAUAGAGAGGGAGAUAUGGCAAUAUAAAAACUCUUAUCUAAAAAAAUAGGCUUCUCAUAUAGAUGCCACGCGAUAAUCUUGAAUGGUGAUUAUAGAUAUCGUUUAACCCCUUCUAUGGCAGUUUCAUAGCGAAGUUCAAACUUUAGAAUUGAAAAGAAAGUUAAAAUGAUGCCUCCUAAUUAAUACAUAUAAACUCCUUUCAUCCUUCUCAAGUAUCUGAUCUCAUCUCCUGUAGAAAAGUAUAUAUAAAAAUGUCUUCUGAUGCGUUUCGCGAAUGGACCAUUCCUUUGAGUGGAGGAACCGAACAGGCCAGUUCGCGGCCUAAAAUACUCAAUAGUUACUCUAAAAAAUCUCAGCCUAUCUAUUACAACCUACAGCGUGGCUGUGCUUCCACAAAUAACCACGGUGUCCUGUAUGUUUGUCGGUCUGAGGUCGACCAAGAUUUUGGGAUUUAUAGCAUCGAUUUAACAACCGCCACCGCAAAAUCUGAAGACCAUGCGCCGAUUCUUAUAAUGGAUUCUAGCAGUUAUCGAGCUCAUAACCCCUCUGUACCAAGCUACUCGGAACUCCCCUCUCGCGAUCAUCGAACUGUAAUGGCCCUCAAAAUUCUCUCAGACCCACCAAGGAGGAUCGCCAAUACGCGAUGCCCUCUAGGCGGUAAAAAGGAUGUCUUUGCUGAGGCUAGACCCCUUGUGGCACUCUUGUAUACAACCACUCGUCCUCAAGGCGGUGAAUGCGAAAUCGUAUCAUUGACAACGCGACGCCUCUUGCGAACCUUAACAUUUGCUUUACCCAUCUCCGAUAUCGACUCGAAUGAGUCUUAUAUUGCAUUUGCAUUCGCCGAUCGUCUAGCCAUAUUUGAUUCAGCGACCUUACAACCAGUUGUUGUGAUCCGCAAUCGCGAAACGCCACCUUUUACUAAUUCAUUUGACUACAAUACACUCUUGGAUGACGACUUCAAUUCCAACCCAUUUACAUUGGGAGCUGGCAAAUUUCUAGCAUUCUCUGACUCCUCCUUCAAGCCCUGGCUGAGCUCGCGGUGCCAUGCCCUGGUGGCCGAACGAACUGGAGACCCUGCUUGCAUAUCUGGUUACGCGUCUCGUAACAUUGAUCCUCCCCGCUCUCGAUCACCUCGCAGCUUCAGCCAAUUGACUGAUAACAACAAACCCAACUACUACGCCUCCGCACUUUUUAAAGCAGCCAAGUCCGUUUCACGCGGUCUGUGUAGCCUCGGAGAUGGGGCUUCUUCCUUGGCUUAUAAUUCUCGAGCUAUCUUAGACAACUUCUAUCAAAGCAGUCAGUUUACUACACUUAACACAGCGAAUAGAGGACUUCAUGCUAACCCUCUUAAGCCCGAAUUGCGUUUUAAAAAUAUCGUAACUGUCGUGGAUUUAGAAGUAUUAGAGAAGUCCAAGUCCAUGGAUUUCUACUUUUCUACGAAUCGACGUGAAAACGAAACGAAAGAUUUAGAUGAUUGGUACCGUUUUUACGAAUGCCGAUCUGCUUCUUGUAAGAGCAACCCCCAGAGAUGUUAUGAGCCUGAUGAUAAAUUUCGCUUACUUGACUCAUCGGAUUUCGGAUCUAGCUUACUCGGCGCGAAUCAUCGCAAUCCCAAUUUUUUGCGCUCUAAAGCAUCUCACCCAUCUUGGCGUAAAUCCAUAGAGUCCGUUGUGAUGGCCCACUUUAUAGCUCUUCCCGGAGUUACUCACAUAGAUGAUUCUCUCUUCCCAGGCGAAAUUAAAAGGCCGGUCGAUUAUAAUAUGUAUGGGGAUAACUCUAAGGACGGUGAAAACAUUAUUAACCUGAAGUUUGAUCCGGAAGGAUGUCUUCUUUUUGUGGCUGGUCACAUCGGACGGCAUUUUCAGGUAUAUUACUUGGGUCGACACGCAUCGUGUAAACCUGGUUUGACGAGGAUUGUUCACAUGUACACGUUAGAGCGAGGGCUCACGCCUUGCCAUUAUCUUUCUUCCGUCGAUUUCAGUGCUGAUUCCCGUUGGAUUAGCCUCGUAUCUGAAAAAGGGACCAUCCAUUUUUACUCCUUGAAUUGCUACCGAGAACACGAGCCCUUAGGCUAUAACAAUAUUAACUUCAUAGGCUCAAAAAUGGGGGAAGAUUUGGAGAACGAUUAUUACAGAUCAGCCGGUUUAGAUCCGGCACUCGUUUCUUAUCAACGACUCGUCACGGCUCGUAACAUCGUUAACAAGCGCGCAAUCGAAUCUUCUCCCGGAACGAUAUCACUUCACACUCGUCUUUUUAAAAUGUACCUAAGCACGCCUGGAGCCCAAAUACCAGGUGGCUCUCCCUUACGCAUACUCGCGCUACAUCGCGUUAAGCCCCACUUUAAUGAGCGCUUGUCAAUCAGUGACUUCACCACCCCGCUUCGUGAUAUAUCGCUUCCAAACCUGCUCUCUCAUGCUAGCCAGACUUUCACUAACACUUCUCCCGCUUCUUACGGUUAUUUAGUGCGAUCGCUCUUUGCUCCUAUUUCCUUCAAUACCUCUUCAUCUACCACUCAUCUUUUAUCCCAGAGGGCCACUGAUCGAGGCGACCAUAUAGUUGUCGAGAGCGGAGCCAUCCCAUUCCACCUCAAUUCCCACGCCUUACAUUCUGACCCCCAUAAUGAUACCAGACAUGGUGUCAUCUCCUUCGACGACCCAUCUUAUCUCUUACUCAAUUUUCAGAACCUCGAUCUGAGGAAUCGUAAAGAUUAUUUGGCCACCCAGCUUGUAGGCUCUGAUCACUUAGCAGAAAAUAACUAUCGUUCUUCAGUCUCCGCACGUCGAUCUCGACCCACGUAUGCCUACACUGGAGCUUAUUCCCUUUAUGUUUUGGAUGGUACAGUUGAUCGAUUGCACGAAUACGUGAUUGAAAAUCGAUCUCUAAAUUCGUCUAGUCUCAAUAGCGUUAAUUUGAAACGCGUCCACACUUGGUCAUUUUCACGAUCCCUGACAGCUCUUCGGGAUGUAGGGAGAGGCGAUGUUGAUACGGAAUCAGGGUCCAUUCUUACCAUCAUUAACGAUUUACCAAUUUCUCCCUCUCCUCGCGAUGCUGGCUAUGCUUCCUGGCUACCGGAAAUUGAGAUCAGAACUUAUGCGGGACCCCAUCGUCGCCUUUGGAUGGGUCCACAGUUUUCUUUUAAAACCUUUCAGCCCCAUCAUCAUACUACCAUUCUCCAGGAUCGCUCUCCAGCUCUCAUAUCAUCUUGUCCUUCUGUACCACGCUCUCCUCCCCAUCUUCCGUCUUCGUGCUUAUCCCGAUCUCCUCUUACGGUGAUAACUCAAGCAACAACACGCGCUACUCCUCUUGGCGAUUGUUUUCAGGACAAUAGGGACUGCCCCGUAUACGAAGGGCUGGAUUCAAUCGAACCCAUUUUAGCUCUCGAGCUGGACGAAACGCUACCCCUGUAUCCCUUAUGCCCUGCCCCAAAAUUUAACCACAGCCAAACACGCCAAAAUAUCGACAUUACAAACCCUUUCAACUAUCACCAAAGUAAGAAGCCCCGAGAAGAGAACCACGUAGAGAAUCGGCCCUCGCUUAUGGUUCUCUCAAACGAGAGCGGCACUCGUUUAAAUGGUGGCGUUGAAAAGGCGAUAGAGAAUAGUCCUCGAGAAGAGGAGUACCUCAAAACGGAGAUUAUGGAUGAGUUGAGGGAUGCCAUCGAAUGUCAGCUCGUUACAACUUACAGUGUUAGCGAACCAGUAAAUAUUUCCUGCGCUGUCAUGGAACCCAGAAUCAAAGAACCCGGCAAUGACUUAUGUUUAAACGACGCAUUAACCGAAGCUAGUAUAGAUAUAUUUGAAGUCUCUCCCGUCGAUUCAGCUAUUCAAUUAGUCACUUCCAAAUAAAAUGAAACAUUGUUACACAACCUAAUAACUUAAUCUAAUAUCUAAGGCGCUACAAAAUCGGCAAAUUUAUGUAUCGGUAACAUUAAAGUGAUGGACAAAUUUUUGAAUUCGUCCUAGCUCCACGUAAUAUCCUAUCCCGUUAUUUAAUUCAUCGCGCGUCUCAUUUUUUUUUGAAUGUUACAUUAUAUUGUUGUUUAUUAUAAUAAUUUUACUAGUCAAAAUUCGGGAUUCCCUUAUAUCUAAUAUUUUUUUUGUCAUUCUACAAAACUUCAUAUAAAUUCACAUCAAAUCAUUUUUAUUUAUAAAUAUAUAUUAAAAUUUUGCAACGAUCAAAGUAUAUAAUCAAAACAAAAAUGAUUAAAUUUGUAUUAUUAUUUUUAAAAAGGGAAAACUUAAUUUUUAACCUAUUUUCGCCGUUGAACCAAAUUUUAAAAACGAUAUAUAUAACACUAAUAUUUUUUUUUAACCCUUCUAUGUAAGAAAAUGAUCUUAUAUGCAACCAUUUGCUCAUAUUUAUAAUUAUAAUAAAUCGCUAAGCUCACGUAAAGUUUUAAAAAUUUAUAUUGAUCAAAAUCAAAUUUCUUUCUUUAUAAAUAAUGUGAUGAAUUAUAUUAUUUGUAUACGAAUCGAAAAUUACUCGUGUAAUGUAAAAUCAUGUUUUUUUUUAAAAAACAAUAAUAAUAUAAUAUAUUUUUAAUCCUUAACACAAUCUUACCCUGUAUUCACAGUUAGCGUGAAUUAGCGGUGAAGUAUACAAAAACACGGCAAACGCAACUGUGAUUGCAGGGUUAUUUACAUAGUUUGAUUGAUUUAGUUGAAUUUUGUAAUGUUAUAUAUGUUAACUCCAAUGUGUUAUUAUUAUAUUAUUUUUUAUUUGAGCGAGUUUUUUUUUAAAUUUAAGAAAUUGAUUCUUUAGAAUAAUUCCAACCCUAUAACUUUCAGACAAUUUUGCCGUUAGCUUUUGACUCAGAAUUAUAAUUUAUAUAAAGAAUCUAUGAAAAAUUUAACAUAAAAUUUUUUAAAGCUCAAAAGUUCUUGGCGAAAUUUUUUGGAAUUUAUAGACUUAGCUUUUCACACAUGUCGGAAUUUAUUCCCAGAAAAAUCUAUUUAUUUUUUUUAGAUAUAGAAAAAUCUAUUUUUUUUUAGAUAUAAAAAAACAGGCCCAAAUAAUGAUUUAAAGUUGAAAAAAAAAGUACACAUUGACUGAUAAAUC